AUGACUCCCCACUGCUUCUCUCUCUCUCUCUCUCCACUAUUUAUAUACAGAGCGCUUCCUGGAGCUUCACCCUUGCAAAGACUCUCUCUCUCUCUCUCUCUCUCUUCAACAAUCCUCUCGGUUGUGCAUGGAUGGAUCCCUCUAGUGCACAACAACAGCAGGAAAUGGCAACUCAAACCCUAGAAAGCAUGUUGGUCUGCCCAGCCACACAGCAACUGGAGAAGAAACCAAAGCCUCCACAGGAGCAGGCUCUGAAAUGCCCCAGAUGUGACUCCACCAACACCAAGUUCUGCUACUACAACAACUACAGCCUCACCCAGCCAAGGUACUUCUGCAAAUCAUGCAAGAGGUACUGGACCCAAGGCGGGACCCUCAGAAACGUUCCGGUAGGCGGAGGGUGCAGGAAAACCAAGAGGUCAUCGCCACCAUCGUCGAAGAUCGGCCAGGACCAACCGAUGAUUGCAACCGUCAAUCCCGGUCCCCUCUACUCCAAUGACCUCAGCCUUGCAUUUUCCGGGACCACCCACUAUGAAGGUGUCGGAAACCCUAGUUUCCACAACCCUGCUGCCGCCGCCGCCGCCAUGUUUCUUGAUCCCCCUGGUGGGUUUUUCCAGAACUUGUGUUAUGGGAUGGGGAAUGGGAAUUUGGGGAAUAAUGUGGAGAAUAAUGGGGUUGGGGAAAUGAAACCACAGCUGUGGGGAAUUCCAUGGCAGAGUGUUGGUGGAGAUGGGAAUUGCAUUGGGGAUUUUGAUUCCGGCUCAGGGAAGCAAAGCUGGAAUGGAAUUGGUUCAUUUAAUUGGCAUGGGCUUGUCAAUAGCCCUCUCAUGUAGACAAGACUGUUUGGAAAUGUGCUUGUUUGUUUUGUUUUAGGGGAGAACGAAAUGGUAUAAUUUUCUUUUUUAAUCCUUUUUUGUGUUUGUUACUGUAUACUAUUAGACUUCAUUCACCUAAAUCAUCUCAAUUUUUUUUUUCCAUCCA